GCUGCUAUAAGUAAAACCGGUAAUUAGGAAAGUCGGAUGGAAAUCAAGUUCUGUCGAUAUGUCUACCGUUGCGGAAUUUCUGAGGUUGCUUGGGGGUUCCGAAGAAACCCAGGACUUCGAGCGCCGAGGUAUGCUUACGUCAUUGUACGACGAGCACUUACGCCGCCACCUGACGCCGGUCAUUCUGGAACCUCCCGACAACGACGGUGUCACAGCGUUCCCCGAUAGCGACGGCGAAUGGGAUGGCAUGGAAGAAGAAGAAGAAGAAGAAGAAGAAGAAGAAGAAGAGAUGUCGAGGUUGGAAAUCCACUUUGACGGGGGAGAGUUGAUGAAUAUUGUGAUGGUGACGGAGGACGAGCUGCGGGAUCUACAACUGAGGCUGACGAGGGCUCGAGAAGCGGCGAUUGACAAGUCGUUGACGGAGGUUGGGGCCGCUUGGGAAGAAGGCCUGGAGUGCUGCGUUUGUUUGGACGAGAUCUGUUGCGGGCCUGGCGGGGAGGCCCACGAAGAAGAAGCCAGGCCCAAGAGGACGCCGUGCGGCCAUGUUUUCCAUGGAGACUGCAUCCGUCACUGGUUGAAGGUCGGCACCGAGACUUGUCCUGUCUGUAGGUUUCAGAUUUUGCCGCCGCAGCCGAAUGUUGCUUGAACUUUGUAUCGACAAAUUUUACAAUGCUAUAUAGUAUUGGUGCUUACAAUUUAAAAUUGUACAUUUAUGUUAUGGUACAACUUCAGAUUGUACCUAUACUUUGUGUACAAAUUCUUCUAUGGUAUAAUUUGAACUUGUACCUUUAUGUGAUGGUACAACUUCAAGUUGUAAAGUUGUACCAUAACAUAAUGGUACAAAUUGUUUUAUGGUACAACCUAAACUUAUACAUUUAAUGUUAUGGUACAACUUUAAGUUGUACAUUAAAACACCAAUACUAUAUAGCAUAGUAGAAGUGCUCGUUCCGUUCCGUCCUUCACAUAUUCUGUGCAUGCACAUGACUAAUUUGGGCCUAGGAUAAAAGGGCAAAUUCAUUUUACGAUAUAUAGGCUCCUUCUGUAUAGAUAUCAUCUACACCCGGAAAGCCGUAUGCUUUGGAAGAAGCUUGUACAGUUUGGGAAGAGGUUUUGAUUGAUCAAAAAGAAGAAUCUACUUCAACCGAUAUGCCCUUAGGCACGGCCAUACAUAACAUAGAAAUCACACUUGGAAAGGGUGGACAAUUAGCUAGAACUGCAGGUGCUGUAGCGAAACUUAUUGCAAAAGAGGGGAAAUCGGCCACAUUAAAAUUACCUUCUAGGGAGGCCUAGUCCCAACUCCCAAAAGACGUAUUUUUUGGCUUCAGUCUAGCUACUGUUUCAUUGCCUGCUUGCUUGCAUUUUAAUGAAGUUUAUCUUUGCGCUUGCUACUGUUUAAUUUAUACUUGGUCUCUACCUAAUAUGGGUUGUUAAGACGAAGAGCUUAAUUAUGUGGGAGUAUGCAUGACUUAAACUAGGUUAUGAUACAAAGAACAAUAAAUCCGCUUCCCAAAAUGCAACGCUGAAUUAGCAGAAGCAUCAUGUUGAAGAAGUGGCUAAUUAAGACUCACAAUCACUCUCUUUAUGCAUGUACGUUGUUGUGGCAGAUGAGUUCGUCUUUCGAAUAAUAACUUGGCCACACUGCUAAGAGGAUUCAGAAAUUAAAAUCGAGUCCGUGCUAAGGAUUAAUUAAGUUCAUAGAGUAUAUGAAGAUAGUUAAUGAAUGCAGAUUGCUUGGUGAAGAGUUAGAGAGACUAAUUAAUGUGGUAGAAAAGAGUUUUCAUCACAAUUCCAAAAUUUGUUGAAGCUAUAUAAGAUCUCAACUCUUGAAGAGACUCCAGAUCUGGCUAGUUUGACUAUCACAUGCAAUCAUUAACUCACUACAUGCUACUAAAUAAGUUCAGAAGCACGAUCAUAAGUGAGGAUAACUCAUAAGAAGUUUGGUUGCAAAGCAACAAAAAAGUACUAGGUCAAGACCAAGAAGGUUUCUUGAAACUGAAAGACACCGUCUGACCGUUGAUAGCGGUUUGCGGUUAAACCGCAAUCCAUCCUAUCAAUCAAUUAAUACAACUAAUCAAUUUUAAGCGGUUUGGUUUGACCGCACCAAUUAUAUUAUUAUUAUAUAUCUUUAAAAGAACAAGUUACUAUUGCAUCGUGUCCCAUCACAAGGGUUCUUUUUUUAAUUAACCAAAAUUUGUGGGGGCUUUUGUGCAUUAAGGUUCUAAUUAAUUCUUUUAUGAUAAUUGAAUCCAAAUUGAACCCAAAUCAAUGGGUAUUCAACCUACUUUGACCCGGUUAAGACAAGUUGAACCCUAUGUUGAUGAAUUUUGGCUUGGAGGAGUUUUUGUGACAUUAAGUUAAACCAAGUUGAAGCCGGUUUACAAAUUUUCGAAUUGAACCGGUGACAAAUUUGUUUCUAACCACGGAGGAGUUUUUGUAUAUUCUAAUUAUUAGUUUAAUUAAACCCGGUGUUGAUGAAUUUUGGCUUGGAGGAGUUUUUGUGACAUUAAGUUAAACUGAGUUGAAGUCGAUUUACGAAUUAUUGAAUAGAACCCGGUGACAAAUUUGUUUCUACCACGGAGGAGUUUUGUAAUUCUAAUUAAUUAACUUAAUUGAA